GGUUGGAUCAUAUCCGUUCUGUACCGUGAUUGGCUGCUGAACCAGGAAGCGCGUUUCCUUUGAAUGUUUCUGGCGAUCGUAUUGGUCCGUUUCAAGACUUUAAAUUCCAAACGGUUGUGACCGCAGGAGCAGAGGGGUUUUCAAAAGAAGUCAUUUCUGGUCACAGUGCUGCUGAACACUUGGACGAAAGACGUGAUAACUCCGGUCAAUUGUACCUAUAUUUUUGAGGAUGAGUUCGGUUGAAGUGAAUGAUGAGAAUCGUGGGGUCUGCCCUGGAGGAAAGCAGAACAGUUUAAUUAAUGACAUUUUCGCUCUGGAUCAGCCAACUGGGAGGCCUUCCAUCCUGCGACAGACGGAGAACCUGCCCAGCAAGACUGUGCCAAAGGGGACGAAGGUUUGUUUUCAGACUCCACGAAGAGACCCUGUGACUAAAAGAAUUGUAUCUCCCACUAAAACUGUCAAGAUGGCCUGUGUAGAAGAGUGUACAAAAGCAAUGGAGUCCUUAAAUUUGGAUAAAACAAUUACUUUACCACAAGAUGCCUCCGGGCAGCCUGAUGAGCCCAAACAAGAUGUGUCCUCUUAUCCUGAUGACGACAUGCCGAUUCAAAGCAAAGGAGGCUAUCAGUUGGAUUUUGACAACCUUGACGCCAUAAAUCCAUUUCAGGGGUCUGUUAAGAUGGUCCUCUCUCCUGUGAGGCCUGCUGUUGAAACUCCCCCAUCAGGGUCUCAGCAAACACAACCAGAGAAUAUCUCCGACGAGCCCGCCAAAAUCGAAUCUGCGCUGGACGAGACGCUUCCAUUCAUCCCAUCUGUGGAGAACUCACUGGCCGACAUCUCCACCAACAUCAGCUCCACAGAGAGCAGUGUGGUCACCGUGGUGAAGGUCGCAGAGGUUGAGGAGCUCGACUCAUGCACCGCCACCCCUGAUGAAAAACAGCCCGCUAAAAUCUCUCCAAAUGUUGAUCAAGACAAAGUGUCAGGCGGUUUAGUGGAGGAUGCUCCACUGCCAGCAAAAGGUGCCUACACUUUGGAUUUUGACGACCUUGAUGCAAUCAAUCCUUUCCAAACUGGGGGAUCUAAAAUCCAGAAUUCCCCUGUUGUUGGAAGAAAGGUGCCAGAUGUUAAACCGCCUGUGGAGGAGAUGCAGGUAGAGGAAAAUAAACCCACAAAUGUUGACAUAUCUGAGGCGGCACCUGAGAUGAAACCUGUAGCUGCAGUGGCCCCGAUAAUAGCUAAUACUGUCGAAACUUCAGCUGCUGAAUCUACAUCCCAGCCCGCUGACGCCCCGGUCAAGGACGGACCGGUCAAACUUGAGUUCAACUUUGAUGAUGGCAGUGAGGUCAAACGCAAACCGCCACCCAAGAAAUUUGGCAAAAGGCCCUCUGGUCUAAAACCUAAAGCAGAGAAGCAGCCGAGUGACGUCAAACCACCAAAAGCGACACCCGUGGAGCCUGAUGCUGCAGAUGUCGCAGAUGUUCCAGUUCCCAAAGGGUCUUACUCGUUUGACGUCGACAAAUUUGACGACCCAAACUUCAAUCCCUUUGGCUCCAAAGCAAGCAUGGCCAACUCACCACAGUGCAGCAAGAAAUCAGGCACCGUGCUGACGGAAACUUCAAUUCCAGAGCAACCGGACAAGCCUGAGGAGGAGGAAGCUGCAUCAUCAGCAUGUGCAGGAGAGUGUGUCCCAGCUGCAGAACCCAAACCUGAAGCAAAAGCCGAAGACAAGGCUGCCUCUGACCGGGACAAAGGAUUUCAGCUUGAGGCUGGACGACCUGUGGAGAGUCUCCCUGAGCAGAAGACGCAGGCGGCCACGUCCGAAUUUAAUGACGAGUUUGUUCCUGGAACCAUUUUCAUGGCCAAUGACUUUGACGGACAAAUCGACUACCUUGAACAGUUUGGGUCCAGCAGUUUCAAGGAGUCUGCACUGAGGAAACAAUCCCUGUACCUUAAAUUUGACCCCCUCCUGAGAGAGAGCCCCAAGAAGUCUGCGGGCCCGGCCGCUCAGCCCCACGGCCCUCGCCCCGCUGACUUUGUUUCACGGCUCGAAACUCCACAGAUGGCAGGAAAGACUACAAAUGCACCACAGAAGGAUGAUUUCAAACUGUUUGAUGAUGCAACAGCACCAGCUCCUUCAAUCCUCACGGACCUCGUCCCGCCUUUCCCCCAGCCAGCAAACACAGAGGAUGCUAUCAUUGAAGUGCUGAAGUACAGUCAGAAAGACAUGGACGCAGCCAUUGCCAGGGUCCGAGCUGAAGGAAUGGAAAAAGAGGAGCAGUGGAGCGCAAAGUAUAAGAAGGUCCUGGAUGAUGGUCAGGAGAUGAGGAAGAUAACUGCAGAAUUUGAGCUCAUGAUUGCAAAAAUGAUGGCUGAUCAAGAGAAGGAGAGGGAGGUGGCCCAGGCGAAGCUCACCGAGGCUCUGCUGGAAAAGGAGCAAGUGUCCAGUGACCUGAACACAAUGGAGAGAUCUUUCUCCGACCUUUUCAAGAGACUGGAGAAGUACAAGGACGUUGUCGAGGGCUACAAAAAGAAUGAGGAGACUCUGAAAGCGUGUGCUCAGGAUUAUCUGGUGAGGAUCAAAAAAGAGGAGCAGCGCUACCAGACCCUUAAAGCCCACGCCGAGGAGAAAAUCAGCCAUGCGAAUUCAGAGAUCGCAGAUGUGCGGUCCAAGAGCAAAGCUGAAAUAUCUGCACUUCAAGCCCAGCUGCGGCGGGAGCAGCUGAAGGUGCAGUCACUGGAGAAAAGUCUGGACCAGAAGGAGAAGGAGGUUGAGGAGCUCACCAAACUGUGUGAUGAGCUGAUCACCAAAGUCCAGAAGGGUUGAGCUCAUUUGUAAAUCCUGUAAAUAUUUUUCAGAUUUUCGUUGUCGGUGUCCAAAUCAUUUUCUUGUGUAGUAUGUUGUUUGUCUUUGUAUAUGUUCUUAUGAUACUGUAAAAAGAGUUAAUAAAGCUGAUUUACGAGUUUUAGUGACUU